GUUUUUAUUGGACGAUGAUAAAAUAGAAAUUGGUCAGUGCGUAUUCUACUUGAGAUGAAUCCUAUCAAUCUGCAGUGUUAGACGCGCUGAACGAGCUGUACUUUAAAUUGAUUGUGUGUCUGUGUUUGGUUCGUCCAUGAGAAGAUUAGCACUGUUUCUACUCCCCUGUGUGAUCGCGGUGCUGGUGCAUGAGUGGUGGUGGCUGAAAGACCAAACUGAUUUCUUCUCGAAUGUCAGGGCUGUAGGCAGCAGGAGGCCGGUGUAUGAAGUUGUGGUUGGAGUUUUAUCUGCCAGGCACCACCAUGAUCUGAGGGAGGCCAUAAGAGGCACAUGGAUGGGGUACGUCAAAGACCACCCUGACUUCCAGAAUCGGGUGCUGGUGAAAUUUAUCAUCGGUAAACAUGGUUGUGCAAUACCUGAAGAAGAUCGAGAAGACCCAUAUUCCUGUACCCAACUUAACCUCACAGAUCCAGUGGCCAUGCAGGAUGUGACCAUCCUAAGCAAGCCUGAUGCUUUGGUGCCAUCUGAUGUCUCAGCCAUAUGUUUGGAUUUUAAGGUGCUCCACCCUGUAGUGAUCACGCAACUGGGUGUGUUUCCCAGUGGCCCACAGAAGGAUUUCAGGGGAAGUGUCACAGUAAAGUUAUUUCCAGUGGACCAAAAGGAGCCUAUUGUGACUACUCAUCUUACUGCCCUGAGUCCAGGUGUCUAUGCAGAGGGAAUCUGGUAUAAAACUGUGGAGCAGUUCGUUUUGCCCAAGGGUUUCGAGGGUAAUUUGUUAUGGGAGAGCCAGGAUCCGGCACACUUGAUGACUAUCAAUGUGUCCAAAGUUCAGCUCAACACUGGUGGAGGAGUGAUCAAGUUAGGACCAAUAGAAGAGGGCAUCCUGCCUCACAGAAACGCACGUGGUUUUCCUGGACUAGCCGGAGGAUUCAUUUUCUCUGUUUAUGAUGUGGAGGGAUUGAAGGCACAGCUGCGUGGCCGUGCAGACAGACAGCAGGCUCACGAGACCAGGCUGACAAAGGAAGAAAAAGCCCUGCAGGAGGAGAGUCACACAUAUGGGGAUAUUAUUUUUGUUGACGUUGUGGACACGUACAGGACCGUGCCUUAUAAACUGCUGUACUUUUACAAAUGGGCGGUGAGGAAUGCUGACUUCAGUCUGCUCCUGAAGACUGAUGAUGAUUGCUAUAUCAACGUGGAUGAAGUGUUAAUGAACAUUGACUACAAGAGCCUGAUGCGCAGCAAUCUGUGGUGGGGAAAUUUUCGCCAGAGCUGGGCUGUGGAUCGUGUAGGGAAGUGGCAGGAAUUGGAGUACACUAGUCCUGUGUAUCCAGCCUUUGCCUGUGGCUCUGGGUAUGUGGUUUCCAGAGACUUAGUGGAGUGGCUGGCCAGCAAUGCAGAGAAGCUCAAAGUUUACCAGGGAGAGGAUGUGAGCAUGGGAAUAUGGAUGGCUGCAGUAGGGCCUCAAAAAUAUCAGGAUGCAGGCUGGCUGUGUGAGAAAGAGUGCUAUGUGGACAUGUUGUCAUCACCACAACAUACAGUGAAGGAACUACGCUAUCUCUGGGAUCAGAAAAGAGUUUGUGGGGAUCCAUGUGGCUGUUCUUAGCAUCACAACUGAAUCCUCCAUUAUCCUCCUGCACACUUUACUUUAUAAAAAAAAACAAAACUCUGUGUUACUUUAAAAAGUUUGUAACACUUUAUUUUAAGGUUAUAACCUUCAUAACUCAUUUAUAUGUAUUGCAUAUUAUUUUAAUAAAGCAGUCUUGGAGAGUUUA